AUGGCGGCUGCAGUCCAACGAGCACCAGCUAGCGAGCACAAGACCUCACUGCCUGUGUAUUAUCAAGUCCCCGAAACAAAACAUGAACUGGAAUGGGCAGACCUUGUAACUUUGGAUCUUUCCAAGUUCGACCAACCGGGCGGCAAGGAGGCUCAAGAAGAGGUGGACCGUCAAUUUGCCAUCGGCAAGUCUGUCUUUGAGCUGCCAACGGAAGACAAGCUCAAGUACCGAGCUGACCUCGAGAAUGGGGGUUACAACGGCUACAAACCGCUGGGUCUAAGGGAAGUCCGUCCAGGAGUGUUUGACAACACCGAGAUCUUCAACAUCCCCAAGUUCAUCCCAGCCUUUGAGCGUCCUCAGCCAAACGUGAUCAACGAGAACAAGAAGGAGAUCGAACACUUCGCUCGCCACAUUCACAACAAUAUUGUGCAGAAACUUCUCACUCUCUUCGCAAUCAUAUUGGAACUUCCGGAAGAUUACUUCGCGGGCCGACACAGAUACGACGACGCCCUGUCAGACUGCCACCUGCGAUACAUGAAGUAUCACGCGCGCGAUGAUGAGACGAAUGCAAAGCUCGAGAACGUCUGGGUCAAGGGCCACACUGACUUCGGAAGCCUGACCCUUCUGUUCCGACAACCCGUCGCAGCGUUGCAAGUUCGUGGGAACGAUGGCGGUUGGAAGUGGGUCAAGCCGUAUGAUGGAAGCAUCACGGUCAACGUGGCAGAUGCUCUGGAGUUCCUCACAAAUGGCUUCCUCAAGAGCAGCAUCCACCGAGUCGUGGUGCCGCCUCCUGACCAAGCUGGUAUUGAUCGCUUGGGCGUUCUCUACUUUGUUCGUCCCGAGGAUAGUCUUGAGCUGAGACCGGUGCAAAGUAAAGUCCUUGAGCGACUGGGAUAUGACUCGAAUGCCAACUCGGAGUUGGCUGGUAUCACCGCAGGGGAGUGGGUCAAGGCUAGAGUUCGGGCGGGCGUCAACAAGAACAAGCAAGCGAGAAGCGAGAUCUCUGAGCAGGAGAUUGUGAAAGGCGUCAAGGCCAAAUAUUACGACUAG